GCUCGCUUGAGGGGGUUGGGAUUACUGGGAGUGCCGGGGCGGGAAAAUCUCGUCAGGUAGUAGUGCAUCUGGAUUUGGAUGUUGGGGGGUGCUCCCUGGAGGGGUGUGCUGAGACUCCUCUGAGGGGUUCUGGGGUUACUGGGUCUCUCUCGGGGGGAUGUGCUUUUACUGGGGAUCCCCGUGGGUGAGGGGAACCUGCUGCCGGUCCUGGCUGGGGCUCUGCCCUGUCAGACCCCUGGUUCCUCUGUGUUGGGGGGUUCACUGACACCGACACCCCCCUGUCCCGGCCCCUCGGGGUCACCCCGUGGCACCCAGCGAGGCUGGGCCUCCGCUGCUCCUCCCCAGACUUCGGGAACUGGCCUUGACUUCCCGGCACUGCCAUCGCUCCUCCUCUGCCUUCCCCCACCUGUGGGGCCCUAUCCCGGCUCCAUCCAGGGAGCAGCACCCGAGAAACCAACCCUCUGCUCCUGGAGCGUUUGGGGACGGUACCGGAGGCAGCUUUGGCCUGUUCCAGCACUGGGAUCACCCCGCUCCCGGGGAGCUUGGCACGGGGGGGCCCUGCCGUGGGUGAUGGGAGGAGUGUGAGCUCCUUUGGGACCCUGCCGUGGGUGGCUCCCUGGGGACCCCGUGCUCGGUGCCAGCCGGCUGCGGUUUGGCGGAGGAAGCGCCUUCCCCGCCGCGCAGAAGCGGCCCCGGCGUGGUUGAGCUGCGCCCCGGAUGCGCUGCUCCAGCACCAAGACGGACGGGGCUGCCACCUGUCUCCCUGUGGCAGGGCCAGCAACAGCCCCGUGGCUCUGGUGUCCCUGUGUCACCACAGCCCUGCGUGCCCAAGUCGCUGUGUCCCAACAUCUCCAAGUCCCUGCAUCUUGAUGUUCCCAGAUGCCCGUGUUCCCAAGACCCCACGUCCCUCGUCCCCAAGUCCCUGCAUCCUGAAAUCCCCAGAUCCCAUUUUCCCUAAGUCCUUGCAUUCUGAUGUCCCUUUGUCCCUUGAUCCCUUUGUCCCCAAAGCCCCACAUGCUGCUCUCUGUGUGUCUCCAGAUCCCUCUGUCUCUCAGACCUCACAUCCCAAUGACCCACAUUCCCAGAUCCCUUUGUCCCCAAAUCCCCACAUACUGCUGUCCAUGUGUCCCCAGAGCCCUUUGUCCCCCAAGUCCCCACAUCCCGACAUCCCCACCUUCCCAGAUCCACUUGUUCCCCCCCCAAGACCUCGGGAUGCUGGCAGGGCUGGCUCCCGGUGCCUGGGGUGGGCAGGUGGGGGUCUCACGGCCCCGGGGUGGGAGAUGCGCGGGUGAAAACUGAUGCCCGGGGCCGGGGGCUCCUCCCGGUGCCCGCAGGGUCCCGGUGCUGCGGCGCCGCCCGGUACCGACAGAGGGCGCCGCGGGCGGGGUCGCCCCCGCCUCCCCUGGGGCGGAUGAAGGCGGCGGGACCGGCAUCGGGACCGGGAGCGGGCGGGAUGCUCCCGGGAGCGCUCUGCCUGCUCUGCUGCGCCACUGCCCUGCUCGCUGCUGCAGGUCUAGAGCCAGGACAUGGCACCAAUGUCUCCUCCACAGUGGCUCUAAGCAGCUCAGGGACAGCCGUGUCACCGAGUCCAUCCAGGACACCGGGAUCAGCAGCACCUCCUGUAUCUCCAUCCAAUACCACCAUGGCACUGACUCCAUCCAGGACACUGGGAUCAACACCACUUCCAGUAUCUCCAUCCAACACCACCACACCAACUCCAUCCAGGACACUGGAAUCAACACCACUUCCAGCAUCUCCAUCUAACAUCACCAUGAAACCAUCUUCAUCCAGGACAACGGGAUCAACACCACUUCCAGCAUCUCCAUCCAACACCACCACACCAACUCCAUCCAAGACAUUGGGAUCAGCAGCACCUCCAACAUCUCCAUCCAACACCACCACACUGACUCCAUCCAGGACACUGGGAUCAACAGCACCUCCAGCAUCUCCAUCCAACAUAUCCAUGGCACCGACUCCAUCCAGGACACUGGGAUCAACAGCACCUCCAGCAUCUCCAUCCAACACCACCACGGCACUGAUUCCAUCCAAGACAUCGGGAUCAGCAGCACCUCGAGUAUCUCCAUCCAACACCACCAUGGAACCAUCUUCACCCAGGACACUGGCACCAGCAGCACCUCCGUCCAACACGUCCAUGGCACCGACUCCAUCCCACCCAAGUGUGCCCAGAUCCACGGGGCAUCCCUCCAACUCGACAGCAGUGCCAGCCCCAUCCUCACCCAGGCCCUCUGGGCCCGCUCCUGCUCCCAACUCCACCACACCCACUGUGAGCCCUGGGCCCAACAGCACCUUGGCCACCAGCUCCAGAACGACACCGGCCACCGGCAUCGUGGCCGGCAGCUCAGAGCAGCAGCUGAGCUCUGGCGUGGUCGUCAUCAUCUGCCUCUUUGUCUGUGUGCUGGUGGGGGGCACAGCGGUGCUGCUGGUGCGGCUGUGCCGGCGCAGGACCCCCCGCGGGACCCCCCCCUUCCACCACCUGGAUGAGGUGCCCAUGAGCAAGGUGAUGGAGGAGUCCCCUGUCACCCACCCCACACCCAGGUGACCCCCCCACACCGCGGCCCCCCCGGGGCUCCCCGCGCUGCUGAAUAAAGAAGCUGCUGCUCA